AGGAAAGGUGAACACUGGCCUGACCCUGGGCUUUAGACACCCAUGGACAACAGGAAGGAAGCUUAUUAACCCCUCUCCUCCCCCUCCCUCUUCUCCUCAGUGGAGAAUCAGCUCCUCCUCCUCCCGGUCGUUCGACCCUGGUGCAGAAUGCAAACAACCGCCCGCUUUCCCCACCCUGCGCGGUUCUCCCAGAGGAGGGAGAGGGAAGAGUCGAGGACGCAGCCCCAAGCCGAGUCCGGCAAGUCUGUCAAUCCGGCGUGAACGUCCCGACGAGACAACUUGGACCUCAGGGCCCUCGUGCCGGCCGGACACCGCAGGUGGUGCAAACGCCCCUGCUCUCCGGCGCCCCCUGCCGGGAAGAGGGAAGGCGGCGGCCGCGGAGGAGCAGGACGCGGGGCCGGGACAGAGCUCGGCUCUGGGAAGAAGCCGGGAGCUUCCCUGAUGGUGCCGCCGCCUCCGAGCCGGGGAGGAGCUGCCAGGGGCCAGCUGGGCAGGAGCCUGGGUCCGCUGCUGCUGCUCCUGGCGCUGGGACACACGUGGACCUACAGAGAGGAGCCGGAGGACGGCGACAGAGAAAUCUGCUCAGAGAGUAAAAUCGCGACGACUAAAUACCCGUGUCUGAAGCCUACAGGCGAGCUCACCACAUGCUACAGGAAAAAGUGCUGCAAAGGAUAUAAAUUUGUUCUUGGACAAUGCAUCCCAGAAGAUUACGACGUUUGUGCCGAGGCUCCCUGUGAACAGCAAUGCACAGACAACUUUGGCCGAGUGCUGUGUACUUGUUAUCCGGGAUACCGAUAUGACCGGGAGAGACACCGGAAGCGGGAGAAGCCAUACUGUCUGGAUAUUGAUGAGUGUGCCAGCAGCAAUGGGACGCUGUGUGCCCACAUCUGCAUCAAUACCUUGGGCAGCUACCGCUGCGAGUGCCGGGAAGGCUACAUCCAGGAAGAUGAUGGGAAGACGUGUACCAAAGGAGACAAAUAUCCCAAUGACACUGGCCAUGAGAAGUCUGAGAACGCGGUGAAAGCUGGAACUUGCUGUGCCACGUGCAAGGAGUUCUACCAGAUGAAGCAGACCGUGCUGCAGCUGAAGCAAAAGAUUGCGCUGCUCCCCAACAAUGCAGCUGACCUGGGCAAGUAUAUCACCGGUGACAAGGUGCUGGCCUCAAACGCCUACCUUCCUGGACCUCCUGGCCUGCCUGGGGGCCAGGGCCCACCUGGCUCACCAGGACCAAAGGGGAGCCCAGGCUUCCCCGGUAUGCCAGGCCCUCCUGGGCAGCCCGGUCCACGGGGCUCAAUGGGACCCAUGGGACCAUCUCCUGAUCUGUCCCACAUUAAACAAGGCCGGAGGGGCCCUGUGGGUCCACCAGGUGCACCAGGAAGAGAUGGUUCUAAGGGGGAGAGAGGAGCGCCUGGGCCCAGAGGGUCUCCAGGACCCCCUGGUUCUUUCGAUUUCCUGCUACUUAUGCUGGCUGACAUCCGCAAUGACAUCACUGAGCUGCAGGAAAAGGUGUUCGGGCACCGGACUCACUCUUCAGCAGAGGAGUUCCCUUUACCUCAGGAAUUUCCCAGCUACCCAGAAGCCAUGGACCUGGGCUCUGGAGACGACCACCCAAGAAGAACUGAGACAAGAGACUUGAGAGCCCCCAGAGACUUCUAUCCAUAGCACAUCCCAACACCGUCAUGCCAAAGGAAGAGAAAGAUCAACUCACCUGCAGUUAAACCAUCUAAAGAGAAAAAGACACCACUGGAGACCUAGAAAACAUACAUUUUUCUCUUCUCUUCUCCUGACAUCUCUCUAUUCCUCUUCUUCCAGAUACAAUACUAUUUUCAGAGUCCCCUCCUAGGCCUGCAGACACAUGGGAGUGAAUGAUUGAUUUACCUGCUGCUUACUAAGAGUUCAUUGGAGUGGUUUGCAUUGUAACUUUUCAUUUACAUCCUAUUUUUCCAGGAACUUUGGAUUUUAGGUACUCUCACAGUGUCUUAAAUCAUAAAUUCUUCAAGUUAAAUUUGGCAGAGUAUCAAAAGGGAAAAUGGCAAAGUGAGCUCUAAGAAAAUGUGAGGCUACUUCUAAGAUGUGUAUUCAGAAUAGACCGUAACUCCUCUAGUAUCAAAAUUAGGGCUCUUCAGUUAAAAAGGGGUGGAGAGGACAAACGUGUAGAUGUACUUUGGUGGAGAAUUCUUUUUCCUUGUGCUUCCAGUAGAUUUUAAAUAUUGUAUGCCCUUGUCAAACGUUUCCCAAAUUCAAUUAAAGAGAGGAGAGAACUGAAUGACAUUUAGAGAAGAUAGAAAAGAAUUACAGUCAUAUAUUUACUGUUACAUAGAUUGCCACAUUCUAAAAUUCAAAUAUGGUGCUUAAGGUUUCAUGCCAUGCUUAUCUGUAAGUAUCCUAUUUAGGGAAGAAGAUUAAAUCCUCUUUUCAAAAAACAAAGGGAAAUGCCUGGAUUCACAUUAAAACAGUGGGCUCUGGUUUGCUAGAAUAUUUUAAAGCUGUUUAAUCAAGAGUGGAGCCUGCUGUAUACAUCACAGAUUAUUUGUUCAAUAAAGUGGCUGACCUUAGAGAGAGGCACAGAAUUCCUGGUUCUGAGCAGGUGCCAUGAUCCAGGCUGAACCAAUACACAGUGGGGCUGAAGGCCGCAAGGAAGUUGCUGGCUUGGGUUGACCUCACUAACGCCAUCAGCAGCAGUAGGUAAAUUUGCUCUCCUUGGGUGUUACAAGUUUGUGUCUGGAGCCAACCAAGCUUGCCACCAACAUAUUGAGAAUAAUACACUAUUGAAAGUUAUCUUGGAUGGGGAGAAAAAACAGUGGUUUUCCUUGUUUGCAAAAACUUCCUUCCUAUUCCCAUUUUUUCCUUCUUUCAUUUAGUCCAAGUUCCAGUUCUUUCAGGCAUUUUCUUUGAUUUCUUUUCCCCUGCAUGUGAGAAGCAGUUCAGAAAAGGGUCUAUUUCUCCACCUCCUAGUGAGUUAGAGUGUUUUCUCAGAGCACCUCUGGGUCCCAAAGGGAAGCAUGUUCCUGCCAAGGUUUGUUGUGCAUUCAGAAGCACCAGGAGCAAGAGACCAGAAGGAUGAUCUGCUCCUUUGUAACGUUGUUGAGGGUGCUCUUGGUUCCAAUGAGCAGCUUAUAAGUUACUCACAGUCCACUUUCUCAUUGGACACACAAAGUGGCUGUUCAUCUGCCUUUGCGGGAGACUUUCACUCUUCUAUUGAGCUUCACAAAUGAUCGUUCUCACACUCAUAUUCGCUCAUGUUGGAAUUUCCCAUCCUGCCAUGUCCUUUCCUAUUUCUUUUUGGCUUUUUUGCCUCCACCUUUCAGCCCACAUCACUGAACUCCACUACUGUGAAAGCUUGCUUAAAGAAAAUCCCUCUUGGCUGGGCAUGGUAGCCCACGCCUCUAAUCCCAGCCCUUUGGGAGGCUGAGGCGGGCAGAUCACAAGGUCAGGAGUUCGAGACCAGCCUGACCAACAUGGUGAAACCCCGUCUCUACUAAAAAUACAAAAAUUAGCUGGGCAUGGUGGUGCAUGCCUGUAAUCCCAGCUACUCAGGAGGCUGAGGCAGGAGAAUUGCUUUAACCCGGGGGCAGAGCCAAGAUUGCACUACUGCACUCCAGCCUAGGCAACAGAGCAAGACUCUUAAAAAAAAAAAAAAAAAAAAAAAAAAGAAUAUCCCUCUUGUUGUGUUUGAAUGCCACCUUUCAGUCUUCUCCCUUAAGAAUGAUAGGAAGGGGCUUUGCAAAUCUCUAGUGGCAGCAGUCUUCCUUCCCUUCUUCCUACCAUGUUGGAAAUGCAGGACUCAUGUCAGCGUGUGGCUGAGUCUUUGAUGAACACGUUGCUCCUCUAUGUCUCAUUUAUGCAAAAUUCCUGGUGACUGUCCACUAGCAUUUUUAAAGUGAAAGCAAACACAUUCUUAGUGCUCUUUUUCUAGCAUCUUUUCUUCCUCCUUCUCUCUGCAAAAUUCAACAUUCAUGACAGAAGGUCACGCCAACCACGGGUUUAUAAAGAGAGGAAGUGAACAGCUGUUGAUUUCCAUCUGGAUAUAUUUAAUGUUUGCCUGCUUGUGGAGCAUGGUAUUUAAAGGGUGUGAAUGGAUGAAUGCUUUUAAAACACACACACACACACACACACACACACACACACAAUGAUGCACAAGCUGUAUGAGAGAUGGCUAGGUCCAUCUGUGAUUUUUUUUUUAAUGAGGAAUUUUAAUACCCUUUCUUUGACAGUGAACUGUAUUUAGACAUAUGACCUUUAUUGUGAAAUGCUCAUAAAAUGCAACCAAACUGCAUGUUUGGCCAUAGGCUAGAAUAAUAUAUUAAAAGAAUUAAUGGAAAGUAGUAUUAUCUGGAUUUCAUGAAACUAUUCCAGAUAAUAUUCUCCAGCAAAACUUAUAGUAACCUGUAUUUUAUAACAUCAAUCUGCUGGACCAAUUUAAUUUAGAAAAUAAUUUUUAAUCCUCAGAUUUUCAAAACUUGGACUACUGCAAGACUGAUGUGUACUCUUUAUGCCCAAAUUUUAUUUUUCAAAGAUAGGACAUCAUAAGGCAUCAUUAUUUCUAAUGUAUCUUUUAGCUAGAUAGAAAAAGCUUUACUGUUUAAAUAGGACUUCUGCUCAAAACCUAAUGGGAAAGCUAUUUCUGGGGUAAGAUUUGCUACAGUGCAUUUCAUGUUUUAUAGUGAAAAAGAUGUUUGUACACCUCCUCAACCUGUUAGUAGAAAUGUUGACUUCGAUUUUUGCACCCUCUUCACAGGACCUCCUAAGUUACCUCUGUUCUUGGAAAGCAAUGGGAAUAAAAAAUACGCUGUUAAGAAUAUACUACAUGGGGCCAGGCACGGUGGCUCACGCCUAUAAUUCCAACACUGGGAGGCUGAGGCGGGCGGAUCAUGAGGUCAGGAGAUCAAGACCAUCCUGACCUACAUGGUGAAACCCCAUCUCUACUAAAAUACAAAAAAAAUUAGCCGGGCGUGGUGGCACAUGCCUGUAGUCCCAGCUACUCGGGAGGCUGAGGCAGGAGAAUUGCUUGAACCCAGGAGGUGGAGGUUGCAGUGAGCGAAGAUCGCGCCACUGCAUUCCAGCCUGGCGAUAGAGUGAGACCCCAUCUCAAAAAAAAGAAAAAAGAAAAUAGUACAUGGAGGGCAUGCAUUUUAGUUUAGGAACACCCCCCUCCCUUCCCAGUUCCAGAGGGAGAAAUUAUAACCUAUACUGUGCCAAAAGUGAGUGGGGCUGCAGAGAGGAUAGUGCCUUUUCUCACCUUCUGAGUUAAUGCCCAACAUCUGCCAUAGGAUUUAUUGACCAAAGGAAGUCAUUUCUACUGUAUAAACUCAGACAGGUGUGUCAUAGCCCAACAGGUAAAUAAUAAAUGUUCAUUGGUUUUGGAAGGAAGGAGAGGGGAGAAUUACCCCACCAAAUACCAGUGAAGAGCACCCUGGCUUCGGUCAUCUUUCCAAGGUUCAUAAUUACUGUGGGCCUGGUGAGCCCUGUUCCCAGGGCUGCAAGGGAAGGCUCCCCCAAGCCAGACAUUGCUGUGGGUUUUCAGGCAGCAACUCCCCCAUCAUAUUUUGGGUGUUACUCCCCACUGUCUCUCCCCACAUCUCAGCCUGUGCCUCAGAAACCACCACAGCAGCCUCAGUCUGCAGACUUAACAUCUUUCAGAUAACCUUCCUGAAAAGGAAAGUUAUUGCAGGAAUCCAGGCCAAACAGCAAGUAGAAUAGAGCCAUCUAAAGUUAUUAAUAAUGAGUUCAGGGAAAUAGAUGAAUUUUUUCCUGGCACAGUCAAUAUUUGUAUCUUACAACAAGUCAAAAAAUAAUUUUCCAUUUGGAAAACAAAACACACCAUGACUGUGAUUGUUAAGGCAUAUAAUCAUGAACUUCACAUGCUCCCUCAACAAAUGUUACUGCUCUAGGGAAAUCAUAGAAAAGGACCCUCUUAUUCCCCAGGGGAUCAAAGCAAGUCCCCUUAGGAAUUUCAUGUGUGCCAUGGGUCUGUUUUUAUUUCACAGGGACUAGUCAUGUACUGGAGUAGCUCUGUUGUUCAUUAUUUGUAACAGGUCCAUAUAACAGUCAAGCUAGCAUUCAAACAAUUGUGGAUGUGAUACUAUGACGUACUUUUGAUAUGAUUGUAUAUGCUUAAUAACAAAGUUAUUUUUCUUA